CAAACUUAUCUUGGUAACGUACAGUAUCGCGAUUCGGCUUUAUUUCUGUAAUUAUAGGACAGAGGCAGUUGGAGCCGCGCAACCAACAGACGCGGGCCACUGCAUUGACAGCCGCGGGUAAAAACUAGCCUCUACGAUUCUGUAUGUAAUUUGCGCGCGAGUGAAGUCACGUCGAUUACAUUUUAUAAUUAAAUCCAGGGCCUCUCGUUUUGGUGGGCCGGCGGCAAUCUGGCUGCUGUCUGAAACACUGAACGUGGCCGUAAUUGGAAUGUCCACAUGAAGCUGCUAAAGUUUUUGCUUCGUUAUUUUCCGCCAGGUCUCGCCUUGGAGUACACACAGGGUGGAGAUGUCAAGACAAAAAUGAUCGAUCUUCUGGAUCUAUCUGCCGAAACGGACAUAAGAGCAUUAGCGGAGAGUAUAAAAGCGACCGAGCCCGUAAUAACCGAAAGUGUAAUGGAGCAGUUAGUGGAGACCCUGCAGAAGCUGCAAGCCAAAGUUUGUGAAACAAACGCCAAGCGCUACUACAAAUACAAAACCUUGCAGACCCAUCUUCUACCCCUUACGAAUAUAGCGUUCGAUAAACUAGGUAAAAGAUGCCUGACAGGCAGCUAUGACCGAACGUGUAAAGUUUGGGACAUUGACAGUGGAACGGAGCUUCUUACUCUCGAAGGCCAUAAGAAUGUGGUCUACACCGUGUCCUUCAACAACCCAAUUUCAGACAAAAUCGUAACCGGUUCCUUUGACAAGACAGCUAGGAUUUGGUGCUCUCGAACAGGCCACUGUUUUCUAACUAUGUGGGGACAUAACGCUGGAAUAGCUGUCGCGAAAUUCUCACCCAGUUACAACAAAAUCGGGACGGCUUCCCUAGACACGACGUCAAAGAUAUUUGAGUUAACAACAGGCGAGGAAUUAGGAACGUUGAGAGGUCACACGGCAGAAAUAAUCGCUUUACAUUUCAACAACGAUGGCACUCAAAUGAUAACAGGUUCUUUCGACGGUACUGUUAAUAUUUGGGACACGAGAACUUUCAGUCGCACAAGCGUUUUAAUCGGUCAUCGAUCGGAAUUGUCAAAUUGCGUGUAUAACUUUGACUGCUCGUUAAUCGCCUCGUCGUCCAUGGACAAAACGGCCAAAGUUUGGGACACGAGGAUGAAUUCCUGCUUGGCCACUCUGCGAGGACACGACGACGAGGUCCUGGACUUGACCUUCGACAACAACGGGAAAAAGUUGGCGACCGCGAGCAGCGACACCACUGCUCGAGUUUGGGAUGUGAGCACCAAUUUUCAGCAGUUAGCCUCGAUGAGAGGCCACCGAGAAGAAGUCUCGAAAGUCUGCUUCAGUCCAAAUAGUCAGCAUCUGCUGACGUCAUCGUUGGACGAGACGUCGAAAUUAUGGUCUUUGGAGAGUGGAUGCUGUAUACAAACGCUGGAUGGUCACACAGACGAUGUCUUCAGUUGCGCCUUUUCGUAUAACGGCGAUACUAUUAUCACGGCAAGCAAAGAUAAUACUUGCAUGAUUUGGAGAUGACUCGAUUGGUUCCAGGUGUGUCCUUAGCUUAUAAUUGUUGUGUUGUUCAUCGUUUAUGUUGUAUACUUUUAUGCAAUUUAAACGUUAUUUACUUUGAUUUUGUAAACCGGAGUUGAAUAUCUUUGAAUCUGUUUAUUCGUUUUAAACGUGCUUCUGUCUAAGGCGAACGUAUUUUCUUUAAAGUUACUAAAUUAUAAAUGUUAUUAGAGCUUUCUGGAAAGUUCGUUAUGAUAUUUAAGAUUUGAGAUUUGCAAGUUUUAUAGAAUAAAUUAUAUAGAUGGAAUUGUAACUUCCACAAGUAUCUUUUAAUUUUUAUACAUCUUGGCGUUGAAGCAAAAAUAGUCGGAAAUACUAAGCAUAAAAUUUUAAGUGAAAAUUCUUUAUUGCAAAUUGUUAUGAGAAUCUUUCAGUAGACAGAAUAAAGGAGUAUUACUGUAUUCCCUUACUACUGUAAAAUAAUUUAUAUUAUAAAAUUAAUGUAUUUUAGUUUUAAAAUAAAAUUUUCCGACUUACGAGAUUUCCAAUUAUAUAAACUAACUGAAAUAAGAAAUCUCAAAAUUUAAUUAGUAAACAGUUAAUGGCUGGUAUUCCGUACGAAAAUGUAUCCGAUGGUUCAAAAGAAAAUUAUCUUCUUCUCUCUCGGAACACGAUAACUUUCGUACGAAAAUUACCAAGUUUCGAUCAAUUUCAGAAAACAAUUUUGAUUAAUUCGCUUGGUAACUUUACUGGGAUGGCGUAUAAAUACGUUCGCGUGAAUAAUUGAGCGGCAUGAAACGUAGUAUAUAUAAGGAAAGCUUAAACGAUCAAUUUAACGAUCGUACUAACUCAGGUACAUCAUCGUUCAAUAUAUGAUCUAAUCUUUUCACUUAUUAGCACAAUUACAUAAUUAAUUACAUAAUUACUAUCAAUCGGUACCGAUUAGUUUUACAUAUUUUCGUUUGAGCUAAUUAAUAUUUCGUUGUUCCUGACCUAACAAGAAGUAAAUGUUUCAAUUAAACAAUGUUAAAUAUAUAAAUACAUAUCUAAAUUAAAACAUAGAAAUACACACACAAGAUGUUCUAUCUGUGUAAUGCGAUAGCUUGAAAUACCUUACUCAUUGUUGAUGACAGAAAAAAAUGUUUAAAAAAAAA